AUGACAUACAAGAAGAACAGGGCUCUCACCUUUGUAGCUACCCUAUUGGGAAGAUUUUUGUUAUAUAAAAGUUCUUCUCCAUUUUGCCAUCGAAGUUUCCAGCAACUCACUAAUAACAACACACUUUCAUGGGAAGAGUUAUAUGAGCAUUAUCUGCCAGAAAUUAAUACAGAUUCUGAUAAUAUAAUCGACCUUGCAAAAGAAAAUCCUGAAGACGAUAAUAGUAAUAAUAAUA